GAUGAGUUUUUGCAUUCGCUUGAAGCUCAGGAUCAUGAGGAAGCUGAUGCGAUUAUUUUGGAAGCUGAUGCGAUGGAGCGGGAAGAGCGCGACGUCGAGGUGAACGACAACGAGUCCUCUGGCUCCAGCUCCUCGAUGUUUCACAACACGUUUACAACCUCUGAGGAGAAUAUACAGAGAGUAUUAAGGCUCAACGUUCAUUGGUCACCAUUUAGGUUGGAGUCACUGAGAUCGAAGAGGCGGCCCCUUCUUGAGAGAACCAACAGGGGAAAUAGACGAAGGGAAAAAGGGACAAUGUUUUGAAAAGAUGGCCCCUUCCGUUGAGCAUCAGUGACCACUGACUGCUGACCUUUAAGAGUAGUAGCUUCUCGAAGGCUUUUAGCAGAUGAAGGUAGUGCCCAGCAACAAGACGAAGAAGAUAAUGAGCGUGAUUCCAGAGGUAAUACAUCAGCAUCAUACAAGGGCUUCAUCGCAGAUGAAAAAGGCGGCAGAGGAGUCAAACUCGACUCAAUGCUGCGGAACUGCGAAUGCCGAGAGGUGUAUGAGGGCGAUCCUUGUCCUUGCACUGGACGUGAUUUACGACAAUAUGGGAAAAUGUGCCACGCGUGGAGCGACGAACUAGUGGGGAAGAGCGUUAAUGAAAAUAGAAAGGAGUUUUUCAUCCGUAAGGAUGGGGAAGCUGAAGCGGGUCGGGGCAUCACGAGAGGACCUGAUCAUGUUCAUCAGGAAGAUGAAGGGGGUCGUGGCAUCACGAGACCUGAUCAUGUUCCUCUUCAUGCAAAGAAAGCAAAAGGCAGCAGUAGGGAAACAGGACAAGCAACUACAGAAGUGGAGUCGCCAACGGCAUCAACAACUUCAUCAAGGUCUUCAUCAAGAUCUUCACCUUUAGCAGCUCUUCUCCCUCAAAUAGUAACCCCUUCACCAGUUGCAGACUAUUUUGAUUCUACGGUAGGGAAUCGAAGUCUGACAGCGAUGGAACUAGUCCAGUUGACGAACGAGGCGCCUGCGCACAAAAAUCAUGAGCAGACAAUAUCCGACAUGUUGCGGGUGGAUCUGUUUUAUGAAACUGACCGACCACUCAGUAUUCUGGAGGUAGAUCUUAGUCUCAUUUUUCUAAGAUGCACAUUAGACAUUAUGAUCAAUCUAUCACCUUGCUAGUUGUGCUCCGUCGUGAGCUUUCAUCUCAGUGUCCUGAGGAUCGAUCACUGGAUCAACAAGCAAUGUACCUUACCUCGUUCUUCCCUCUUCAUUCCUUCCCCGAGAUGAUCAUGGACGGGCCAAGUUUCGAGCCGCUGCCUUGGGGAUUGGAGGCCUACAAAAGACAAAUGGAAGAUCAGUCCUGGCUCUACCUAGGAACAAUAGGGAACCUGGCAACAGCGCAUGAGCUGGAGUGCAUGUUUGCGUUGGAUCCGAGGAAGCGGAAGGAGUGCUGAGCAACAGGAGAACUUCUGAAUAUCGAGUAUCAUCAAUAAAUUGAAAGACUUGAUAAAUAAGACAAGCACUUGAGUUACAACUGGAUCAGGGUACCUAUGCUGAUUCGUCACAUUGAUGAGCUUGAUGAUCUUGCGCCUACCGAAACUCUGGCGCUAUUCUUAUUCACAUUGGUAUUCGUUUUCGUCGCACAAUGUCAAUCUUUCAAUGUUGUAUCCCUUACUGCCAGUCACGACGAGAACGACGAUGACGGGGAACUUCAGCCUCUCAAAACAAAUAAGUACAAGAUCAGGACGAGGAGCGCGUAGGAGCUCAGGGACCUUUAUGAGGCAUACUGCACAUGGGCACAUUGCAAGUCCAGGUGGAAAAGAAGCUGAAGCGUCGGUCAGCGAUACGCAGCUGAGGGG